AUGGCCCUGCAGCAGGAUCGGCUUCUGUGCGCACGGAACACGAGUGUCAGUGCGGGGAACCGCGCUCCCAGCCCCGCCAAAGACCCCCACCGCAGCACCCCAUCCUGUAACUCACCAUCGCGGCGGAGACGUGAAGAGAGGCAAUGGCAGGUGCUGGCUCUGGUGCUGGUGGCUGCUCUGUGGGGUGGCACGCAGCCACUUCUGAAGCGGGCCUCCGCCAGCCUGCAGCAGGUGCAUGAACGGACCUGGGCCCGGCAGUUGCUGCAGGAAAUGAAGACUCUUUUCUUGAAUACUGAGUACCUGAUGCCCUUUCUGCUCAACCAGUGUGGCUCCCUUCUCUACUACUUCACCUUGGCAUCAGCAGAUCUGACUCUCGCUGUGCCCAUCUGUAACUCUCUGGCCAUCGUCUUCACACUGAUUGUUGGGAAGGUCCUUGGAGAAGACAUUGGUGGAAAACGAGCAGUAGCUGGCAUGGUACUCACUGUGACAGGAAUUACACUCUGCAUCACAAGCUCAGUGACCAAGACCCAGGGCCAACUGUCUACCUUCUGAGUGGGCCAACCCCCACCUCCAGCAGUGCUGUGUUCAGGAAGCCCCUGGGCCCUGAGGUACAGGAUGGGCCAGCGCUUGCCCUCUCUGAGCUUCAGUUUCCUCAUCUCCUCUGGGGAUGACAUCUAUCUCAGGAAUCACAAUAAGAGAAGAACAGUGAAAAGGUUUUGUGACCUUCAGGUGGGGUCAGCUGUUGAGAUUCAGCACUGAGACUUACAGGCCACCCUCAGCAGCUUCUGCCCCAGCACCUGUCUUCCUGCUGUCGUCUCUAGACUAUCAAGGUAGUAGGUUCCAUGAUCUGCAGACCCCAGCUCCAUGGAAAGGCCUAGCUGCAGUCUCUGAACCAGAAAUGUGACCAGGAGGCCUCCUCCUCUAGGGGAGCUCCAGUAGAGUGCCUUGGCUGACUUAGGGGUGGAAUUGCAUUAGAAUGACAGAUGUAAAAGAAAUGAGCUGGCUGUGGGCAGAAAUACUCAACUGUUAGCCCUUCUCAAACAAGCACCCAGCACCUCCUAGUGCAACACCCAGUACCACCAAGUGCAGCACCCAGCAAAACAUUUGGCCAGUAGCAGCCUUUAAUAAAUCUGCAGCAAACAGAA